AUGUCGACUUGGGCAGACGUGGCUGCGGGACCCGGGCCCACUCGAGGUGGACGAGGACAAGGACGUGGACGCCGUGGCACCCGCGGUGGACGGGGUCGGGGUCGUGGCGGAUCCUCUUCGUGGCCAGUCGUGCAGCAUGCGGCGGCAGCAAUCGAGACGGUCAUGACACUGCCACUUCCAUCGACGCCUGACCAGCAGCCUGACGGUAAAGCAUUCGGCAGCUGGAUCCGCGUGAAAGUGGGCACCGGCCGGCACACCGCGACCUACGAGAUCCACAGAGGUCUCCUGGGAUUUUACUCUGGAUAUUUCCAAGUCGCCAUCAGAAAUGUCGAACAAGGUCGUUUUUCGGAGAGUCUAGACGGCACCAUCUCCCUUCCAGACGAGGAAAACAAGGUCUUCGACGCUUUCAAGGACUGGCUGUACACCAAAGCCCUACCGGACGCGCCAGCACUUGAUCAAAGUUUCCUCUUCAGCUUACACUGUCACAUGCUCUGCCUUCUAUGGUGCUUUGGAGACCGUCGCGAAAUUCCAGCCCUCCAGAACGAGUGCGUCAAUCGUCUCAUUAACGACAUGGGCGUCUUCAAUAUCGUCGCAACAGACCAAAUAAGAUUCAUUUACGAGAAUACUCUGGAUGGAUCUCCCCUGCGACGUUGCAUCAUUGCUGUGGUCACUGGGAUACAAGUUACCGACCUUCUGAAAGGGGAAUCCGCCGACGACUGGUGUGAACAGAGUCUGCUCGACCUCGCCAGGGUACUACUAGAGCAGCCAUCGCAUGAGACGUGGGCUGCGAUGAUACGCAAGCAGUGUGACUGGCACGUUCACGAAGAUGGCGUGAAAUGCGUCGGAGUCAGCGACCCUUGGUAA